AUGUCUACAAUUACCUCGUCAGCCCUCCAAAGUUCACAACCCCCCAUUCUUCCCGCCGCAUUCUCUGGCAACCAACCUAAGACGAUCCGCCUUUAUCCUUUGUCUAACUACACCUUUGGCACCAAAGAGAACCAGCCAGAAGAGGACCCAUCUGUGCUUGCCCGUCUUCAGAGGUUGCAAGAGCACUAUGAACAGUAUGGGAUGCGCAGGACGUGCGAAGGUAUCUUAGUAUGCCACGAACACUGUCAUCCUCACAUCCUGAUGCUUCAGAUUGCCAAUGCCUUCUUUAAGCUACCAGGAGACUACCUCCACCAUCAUGAGGGCGAGCUUGAGGGGUUUAAAUCUCGCUUGAAUGAACGUCUUGCUCCCGUAGGCAGCCAGUUCUCCGGCGAGGGUGUUAACGACGAGUGGGAGAUUGGCGACACAUUGGCUCAAUGGUGGAGGCCCAACUUUGAGACUUUCAUGUAUCCGUUCAUCCCUGCUCAUGUCACACGGCCAAAGGAGUGUAAAAAGCUGUACUUCAUUCAGCUCCCAAGGACUAAGGUCCUAUCGGUCCCAAAGAACAUGAAGCUUCUUGCCGUCCCUCUGUUCGAGCUAUACGAUAACACUGCGCGCUACGGUCCACAGCUAUCGGCAAUUCCUCACUUACUCAGUAGAUAUAAUUUCGAGUUUGUGGAUGAGAAUGGUAAAGUUGUUGCGGUGACUCCUGGUGGCGGGCCAGAUGGUGAUCCCAAGACCAAGAUUCUUGCUGGAGGGGAAGAAAACGGGGAUAAGAUCGACUAA